UUACACGCUUCGUUCUAUAGGUAAACUCUAGCAGAGAGGAGAUAAGGUAGCAUUGUGGGACAAAAAGGGGCCAGAGGUAAGUGGGAGGGUAUAAAAGGAGCUGUAAAGUGUGUGUGCAGCUAUGAUGCGCUGACAUCGAUCAGACCAUGGGGAAGAUUAUCUUCUACGAAGGCCGCAACUUCCAGGGCCGCCACUGGGAGUGCAGCAGUGACUGCAUGGACACCUUCAGGCACUUCAGCUGCUGCAACUCCAUCCGGGUGAGCGGCGGUCACUGGGUGGCAUAUGAGAAGGCCAACUACAUGGGCUACCAGUACAUCCUCAGCCCCGGAGAGUACCCCGACUACCGCACCUGGAUGGGCUUCAACAACUGCAUCCGCUCCUGCCAGAUGUUCCCCCCCUACCGAGGAUCCUACAAGAUGAGGAUCUACAAUCGGCCUGACAUGGCGGGACAGGCUAUGGAGUUCAUGGACGACUGCCCCAACCUCUAUGACCGCUUCCGCUCCCGCGACAUCUACUCCUGCAACAUCAUGGAGGGUUACUGGAUCUUCUACGAGCAUCCCAACUAUAGGGGGCGCCAGUACUUCCUGCGGCCGGGCGAGUACAGGGCCUGCGGCGACUGGGGCUGCCACGACCCUAUGGUGGGCUCGCUCCGCAGGAUGAGGACCCUCAAUUAAACUGAAAUAUAACAUUAAAGCCUCCAUGUUUAAACAACAA